UGGCUCCAAGAUGGGCCAAAGCUGCCUCCUUGGCUCCCGUUCUCCGCUUGGGGACGCGUGCAAAUCAAUGUGAGAAUGAAGUCCAGCGGCUCUAUAAAUUGGAGGUGAGGGUGAGCCGCACAAAUCACAGCGGGGGAGAGGGCCGGGUGAGCUGCGACGGCCACCGGAUCGCAGGAUGCCGGCCGGAGGACGCGAGCCAAAGCGGAAGCGGUCAGCUCCCCUCAACGGAGGAGGAUCGGAGGUCGCUUCAUCCGGUUUGGCCAUGGCGCCGUCGUCGUCGGUGGAGGACGCCGACGCCCUCGACUGCGGCGUCUGCUUCCUCCCAUUGAAGCCCCCCAUCUUCCAGUGUGAAGUGGGCCACGUCGUGUGCUCGCCGUGCCGCGACAAGCUCAAGGCCACGGGCAAGUGCCACCAUGUGUGUGGCGUCGCCACCGGCAGCUACCGCCUGUGCCAUGCCAUGGAGCGACUGGUGGAGUCCAUCCGCGUCCCAUGCCCGCACGCCGCCCAUGGCUGCACCGCGAGGCCGGCCUACAAUGAUCGAGACGGCCACCGCCCGGCGUGCCCGCACGCGCCAUGGCACUGCCCUGGUGAGGCAUGCAGCUUUCUUGGCUCGACUAGCGCGCUCCUGGACCACAUCAGCGAGGUACACAGCUGGCCGUGCAUCACCAACCUCGAGGCCGACAAGUACGGCGAAUUUGCUGUCCACCUCCAUGACGGCUUCGACUUCCUCCUUGCUGAUUGCCCCACAGCCAACAUGAAGCAAGGCGCCACCGCUACCGUUCAGUGCCUGCUCCUGCUGACUGUGGCGCGGCAACCGGUUGGCCGCACCAUCUCUGUGCUCUGCAUUGACCCUCAUGCCGCCGCCGCCGCCAGUGGUGGUGAUGGACCAGCGGCCUCAAAGCAAAUGGAAUGCAGGCUUACAUAUUAUCGGCCCUGGGACUUGAACGACAACAAUCAUCAUGGAGGUCAUCAGGUAUGGGACCAUCACCAGCAAUCCAACUUCAGAGUAGCAUGCACGGACCUCUCCGAUGGGAUGCCUAACCCCGAUGGCUGCUUCCAGUUUGUCCUGACAAACUCAGUUAUUGGAGCCUAUUAUAAGUACACCGGCCGGUGUGUGUAGUGAUGUAAACUAGAACCUGCUCUGCUCAUCACUGGUUUAGCAGUUUAUGGACGUGCCUGCUAUGCUAGGGUCGAACAAACUGCAAAUGGCAAAGCGUAGUAGUAUGUGUACUUUUAUUACAGUGAAUAUGAAGAAUGGUACUUUUAUUACAGUGAUAAUGUGGGAAAUUAUCUCUAAAUCAAUUGAUUUAUCACAUGGGUACAGCAUGCCAUAGGAGAUGGAUGAAAGGCAGAAAAACUGGAUGAAAUGGUGUUUGUGGUGCAUUGUCAGAAUGAGUCCAAGGUUGCUCAAUUACAAGUUCUAAGGAUAUUAAGCUACACAGGGGGCUUACAUUUCAGCCAAUACCCCAUUGAUAUGAUGCAAGUGU